AUGACAAAUGUCAAGAAGCGGAGCGCGGGGUCGUCCUUGCAGAGCGGACCGACAUCACAGCUAGCAAAGAAGCGCAAGCUAGAAAAUCUACAAAAAUUCUAUGCUGUCAAGGUCGGGAGGAUUCCGGGCGUAUACCUCGAGUAUUCGCAGUGUCAGGCGCAGACUGCUGGGUUCAAAGGGGCCGUCUUCAAGAGCUUUACCUCGAGAGAGGAUGCCGAGGCCUUUGCGGCAGGAAGGGCGGUGCAGCCGGCAGACGACGAGCCAGCCAAAUUCUACGCCGUGGCCGUGGGAAACCCGACGGGGAUAUUCAGCGACUGGGCCGACGCGAGCAAAGCCAUCAAAGGGGUCAAGGGGCCCAAGUAUAAGCGGUUCGCGUCGCACGGCGAGGCGGUCGAAUACAUCAAGCAGUAUGGGGGCGCAGAUGCCAUCAAGGCUCUGGGCCUCAAGGUGGACAAGAAGAAGCUGCUGCAGCAGCAGCAGCAGCAGCAGCAGCAGCAGCAAGACAAGAAGGACAAGGGCCUCGGCGCCGGCGCCGGAACGAUCUAUGUCGUCUCGGAAUCCGAGGAGUCGGACGAGGACGAAGGCUCGCAGGUGCUGAAGAUCUGGACGGACGGCAGCAGCCGGGGCAACGGACGCGACGGCGCCAGGGCCGGCCUGGGCGUCUUCUUCGGGCAGGGUGACCCGCGCAACGUGUCGGAGCCGCUGAGGGGGGACCCCCAGACGAACCAGCGGGCCGAGCUCAUGGCCAUGCAGCGUGCUCUCGAGGUGGCGCCCCAGCCUACCGACGUCGAGAUCAUCAGCGACUCGCAGUACUCCAUCAACUGCGUGACGCAGUGGGCCGUCGGGUGGAAGGCCAAGGGGUGGAAGACGGCGCUGGGCGAGGAGGUCAAGAAUCAGGACAUCAUCCGCGCCGUCCUGGCGCUCAUCGAUUCGAGGAACAAGGCCGGCGGUAAGACGACGUUCACCUGGGUAAAGGGGCAUGCCAAGGAUCCCGGCAACACGGCGGCAGAUCUGCUGGCCGUCAAGGGGGCGAGCAUGGGCUGA